AUGCCAACCUUUGGUCCUGGAGCAGAAUUGGGAAUUGGUUAUGAUGGAGCCCAAAUGGCCAGACCCAUUGACUCACAUCACCAGGUUGAGCCAUGGUCGCCAAGUUCUUGGACUACAAGACCGAUCAAACAAGAUGCAAUAUAUGAAGACCGCAAGAAUGUAGAGAAGUCAUUAUCGAAACUUCAACGUCUUCCUCCCAUUGUUACUCCCACGGAAAUCAUUCAGCUCAAAGCAAGUUUACGGGAUGUAGCUCUUGGCAAAGCAUUUCUACUUCAAGGAGGUGAUUGUGCUGAGCUAUUCGACUACUGUGAGGAGAACGCUAUUGAAUCAAAGAUCAAGCUCUUACUUCAAAUGAGUUUGGUUCUUGUCUGGGGAGCCAACAAGAAGGUAGUCAGAAUUGCUAGAAUGGCUGGGCAAUAUGCGAAGCCGAGAUCAAGCCCCACAGAGAUGGUAGAUGGCAAGGAGACCCCAUCUUUCAGAGGGGAUAUCUUGAAUGGUUACGAAAUUGAUGAGAGAAACUUAGAUCCACAGAGACUUGUUAGUGCAUACUUUCACUCCGCAGCUACUCUCAACUUCAUUCGAGCAUCUCUUUCAUCUGGUAUUGCAGACCUGCAUAGCCCAAUGAACUGGGGUCUUGGUCAUGUUCGGGACCCAGGCUUGCAAGAGCAAUACUCGAAGAUUGUAGACUCUAUCAGUGAGAGUUUACGUUUCAUGCGUACCAUUGGUGCAGAUACAGCUGAUCAACUUCGAGGAGUUGAACUCUAUACUAGUCACGAAGGUCUUCUACUUGAAUAUGAACAGAGCCUCACUCGACUUCUCAAAGACCCAUCUCAAAACUUACAAGCCGGUGCAAACGCCGAAAAAAAUGUCGAUCCUACUAAAGAUGGAAAGGCGUACUUCAAUACAUCAGCACACUUUCUUUGGAUUGGUGACCGGACAAGACAAGUGGACGGGGCACAUAUUGAGUACUUUCGUGGUAUAACCAAUCCUAUCGGCGUCAAAGUAGGCCCUACAACUUCUUCCUCGGAUCUUUUGGAGCUUCUUCGAAAACUCAACCCAACAGUAGAAGUUGGUAAAAUAACACUCAUCACUCGUUACGGAGCAUCAAAAGUUCGCACACUUCUCCCCAAACAUAUUCGAACAGUCGAAGAUAGCGAAUAUGCCCGAAGCGUCGUCUGGCAAUGUGAUCCAAUGCACGGAAACACAAGAUCCACUUCGACCGGCAUCAAAACGAGACAAUUCACAGAUAUCUUCUCCGAACUUCAAGAGACUUUGGCAGUCCACCAAGAAGAAGGAAGCUACCUUGGAGGUGUUCACCUUGAAUUGACCGGUGAUGCUGUGACAGAAUGUACUGGCGGUAGCGAGGAGCUUGCCGAGGAAGAUUUAUCUUUGAACUACACCAGCUUUUGCGAUCCAAGACUGAACGAAAAACAAGCACUAGAAAUGGCCUUCUUGAUUGCAGGCCAUUUUCGUGAGGGACCGGCCAAAAAUUAG